UUCCUUGUUUGUUGGCACAGUAGUGGGACUUGAAAGCACCCAUCUUUUCUUUGUCCAUCAGAGACUGAAUCUGAUAGCUCACUUGCCUCUCGCUCAUGUCCUCUUGACGCGUCUUCUCUCUCUUUCUUUCCUCCCAAUCUCAUCAGUACAGUGAGAGGGUGUUGAGAACUGAUUGUUAGGAGGUUUCUGGCGAGGGUUGUGGUGCUUUCUUCUUCCCCUUGUUGGUAUUGGUUGAGGAGGAGAAGGGAUCCCUGGGUAUGGACGUGGGGAAGAGGAGGAAGGCAAUGUGGCUCUACCCAAAGGUGGUGGGCUUCAACCCUCCUGAGAGAUGGGGGCACUCAGCCUGCUUCUUUGAAGGGGUUGUUUAUGUUUUUGGGGGUUGUUGUGGUGGAUUGCAUUUUAGUGAUGUCCUCACCCUUGAUCUAGAUGGCAUGGCCUGGAACUCCCUUGUCACUACAGGUCAAAAGCCUGGAACCCGAGACAGCCACACCGCGGCAAUCGUAGGGCAUAAGAUGGUAGUAUUAGGAGGCACAAAUGGUUCGAAGAAGGUGAAUGAUCUUCACGUAUUAGAUUUGUGGACGAGGGAAUGGUGCAAACCCAAUUGCAAAGGCUUCCCACCCUCACCACGUGAAAGCCACACUGCCACAGUGGUAGGCAAUGAUAAACUAGUUAUAUUUGGGGGCAGUGGAGAAGGGGAAGCAAAUUACUUGAAUGAUGUUCAUAUACUAGACUUGAAGAACAUGUCAUGGACUUCUCCAGAGGUGAGAGGUGAUCCCCCUGCACCAAGAGAUAGCCACACUGCUGUUGCAAUUGGCAAUAAGCUUCUUAUCUAUGGUGGUGACUGCGGUGAUCGUUAUCAUGGGGAAGUUGAUGUGUUUGACAUGGAUACGAUGACUUGGUCAAGGUUAGCAGUUCAAGGAUCUUCACCUGGAGUUCGAGCAGGCCAUGCAUCUGUCAACAUUGGGUCCAAGGUUUACAUCAUAGGUGGAGUAGGAGAUAAACAAUAUUAUAGUGAUGUUUGGGCUCUCGACUUGGGUACUUUUUUAUGGGCACAGCUUGAGAUUCGCGGCCAACAUCCACAAGGACGGUUUUCUCAUACUGCCGUAGUCACUGGCACUGAUAUUGCUAUAUAUGGGGGUUGUGGGGAGGAUGAACGCCCGCUCAAUGAGUUACUCAUUUUGCAGUUGGGAUCUGAGCACCCUAACGGUCGUUACAACAUUUCGAUGUGCAAAAUGUUUGGUAAUCACUGGAAUCAAGAAAAACGAAAGUUUUUAAGAGGAACAGAACAUUCGAAAAGUAUGGUUCUGAAAAAUGGAGAACUUUGUCAGCAAUCUCGUGAAGUUGAAGCAGAACCAAGGAGCUCUCUUUUAUGUGGUUUGGAUAACAGGCAUGACAAAAGGAGGAAAACCAGUGAUGCUAGAGUGUGGGAGAUCGAAUCAGAACAGGAAGAGCACUCUCUGUCGCUUUCCCAGCACUCCUCUCCUUCACAAUCUGACCAAGAACAAAAUACUCUCCACAAAUUGUCGUCUUCGACCAAUGACUCCAUAUCGGCCUCUCAACAAUUUGUUCCCUUCAAGCUACAUCAUCGGCGGGAACCGGUAAAUGGUAUUCAGAGGACUACCUCAGAUGUUCAUUUCUUGGGUGCAGAAUCCCCAAGACAGCCAAAGACAACACAAUUUCUUCAUUCUGUUCCCCUUGCAAGGCAAGAAGUUCAAUUUCUAGCUGUAGAUCAGAAUCCACAGCUGAGGCCUGCCUUUCUUCCGUUGAUUGGAGCCGAGGUUCAUGGCACGGUGGAUGGAGCAUUUGACUCUGGGUACCUCAUGACUGCUUAUGUUAAUGGCCAAAUGCUAAGAGGUGUCUUGUUUGCUCCGGGGCCAGGUGUUACAGCUCCAAGUCCUGCAAUCAAUUCUCAGGGUCUCACAGGCUCCACUGCUGUUACUCAGCAUUGUUCAGCUCCCCCUCAUGCCAUUCCUAUCCAUUUCAGGCCACGUUCACAAGCUGCCACCUUUGUGCUGCCCGAGCGUGGGCAUCAUAUGCGGCAGGCUCGCCAGCUCCAAGUUGUCAAAGCCCAACCAUCAAAGUCUAACAACGAUCUACAUGGUGUUGUCCUGACGCUGGGAGGACCUGGGGGAGCCAGUGGACCUUAGGACUGACCCACAGACUCUUUAAUAGCCUUUUUGAAUUGAGUUGCUUUGUAAAUUCUAAUAUGGGAAAUACGAAAAGAAGUUUUUCAGCUGUUUAAGUUUAGGAAUUGUUGUUACAGCAGUUGGUUGUUCUUUUGCCCUCUUCCCAGAUGGCAGGGCAUUAUGUUAAUCCUACAUAUAAAUAUUGAUUUCGAUGUAGUUAGCUUGCAAGCAAGCGGCUGGUGUUUGAUCGGUCCGAUUGCAGCCAUUUUCUGAUGGUCGAUGUAAUAAGAUGUACCCCAUAACAGUCACAAUCUUUUAUAUUUGAGUGCUACUUAUAGCUGCAGUUGUUUCUAUGCAAUAUUUCUUGUGCAUAAGGAAUAUAUUAUUCUCA